UUUAAUAUGAGUUAUUUUGUAUUAAAAUGUUUUAUUAUUAUAAUAACAUAAUUUAAACUUGUUUUUAAUAGCUUUUAAAAUGAUUUAAUAUAAAUUGUUUAUUAUCGCAACUUAAAACUUUAUAAUUCCUGCUGAUUUUGCCAUUUAAUAGAAAUUUUGUACACGUAAAGUAAAAAAUAAGUUUUUUUAAUUUGAUAAAAGAUGCCUAGAGCUGAGGUUGGAACCCACAAAUGGCUUGCAAACAAGAUGAAGUCCAAGGGACUUCAAAAACUGAAGUGGUAUUGCCAAAUGUGCGAAAAGCAAUGCAGAGAUGAGAACGGAUUCAAGUGCCAUCGCCUUUCCGAAGGCCAUCAAAGGAUGAUGCAGGUUUUUUGCCAAAAUUCAGGCCGUUUUAUGGAUGGAUUCUCUCGUACUUUUGAAAAUGAAUUCAUGAAACUGAUGAGAACAAGAUACUGUAAGACAAAGAUACUGGCAAACAGUGUAUAUCAAGAGCUAAUUAGCGAUAAACAGCAUGUUCAUAUGAAUGCUACUAUUUGGGUAACUCUAUCUGAGUUUGUUCUCUACCUUGGCAGGAGUGGCAAGUGUAAGGUUGAGCACACACCCAAGGGUUGGUACAUAGAGUACAUUGACCAGGAGAAACUUAAAAGAGAAGAAGACGAACGUGCUAAAAUGAAGCGAGAGAUAACUCUUGAACAAAUGCACCAGAGACUUAUCCAAAAGCUGGUUGAAGAGGCUAAGGAAAGUGGUGCCUUUGAGCACGAGGAAGAGUACACGCCUUUAAUGAAAGACCCUGAUCAAAAGAUUGUAAUUAACACAAACCUCACCACCACAAACAGUGAAGAAUCCAACAAAGGACUCAAUGUUUUCAAGCAAUUUUAUCGCAAAAAUAAAUCUACUAUCGGGAAACAAGAGCCUGAAACUCCUAAAACUGAAGGUUCUAAAAGAAAAUCAGCAUUAGAAUCAAUAAUGGAGUCUAAUAAAAAGUUAAAAUCUCACCAUGAUAAAGGGCUAACUGAUAAGAAUGGAACUGCCCAAGAAACUUGGUUAUGUAAUGACAUAUUAGUCAAAAUUAUUUUAAAAACUCAUGAAAUGUACAAGCAAAAGUUCAAAGUGAUCAAAGUUUCAAAUAAUACGGCAACCUUGGAUACUGGGAAUGGAACUCUUCAAAUCCAAGACAAAUACUUGGAAACGGUGUUACCGAGCGUGAAUGGGAGAGUAAAACUGUUGAAUGGAAGGAAUCGAGGCCUUAUUGGGACUCUGGUAUCAACUGACCCUGACAAUUUAAAGGCAAAAGUAUCAGUUCAAGGGAAUUUGAUGGAAGUAACUUACGACGAUAUUAGUCAAUAUGUAAAAUAACCUUAAUAUUUUUAAUUUUG